AUGAAGAAUUCGAUAGCUGCUAGUUCUCGAUGGGCCAAGGGUCGUUUUUCUCAUUUGUUUCCCUCUUCGGCUAAUAACAGCGAUAUGGGGGUUACCACAACUGGUCAACCUUCCACGCUGGGAGAAGAGCUGCAUCAUAGGAAGCACCAUGAAGAAGAAAAUGAUGGUAAAAGACCCAAAAAAUCACAUGUAUCUACCUCUACAAUGCAAAUACAAACUAGACAAGAUGAAGAUGAAGAUGAAGAUAACGAUCGAAUUGUUAUCAAACCGGUUAAUGAUGAAGACGAUACGUCAGUUAUUAUAACGUUUAAUCAAUCGAUCUCCCCUUUUAUCAUCACUUUGACAUUCGUUGCGUCCAUUUCCGGUUUUAUGUUUGGUUAUGAUACUGGUUACAUAUCGAGUGCGUUGAUUUCCAUCGAUAAAGAUUUGGACAACAAAGUGUUAACUUAUGGUGAGAAAGAAAUAAUUACGGCCGCCACGUCGUUGGGCGCUUUGAUUACAAGUGUGGGAGCUGGCACUGCUGCUGAUGUGUUUGGCAGAAGACCUUGUUUAAUGUUUUCUAAUCUAAUGUUUUUAAUCGGGGCAAUUUUACAAAUUACCGCCCAUAGGUUUUGGCAAAUGGCUGCAGGCAGAUUAAUUAUGGGUUUUGGGGUUGGUAUCGGUUCUUUGAUUUCCCCUCUUUUCAUUAGUGAAAUUGCACCUAAGAUGAUCAGAGGUAGGUUGACCGUUAUAAAUUCUCUGUGGCUGACCGGUGGCCAAUUAAUUGCUUACGGUUGUGGUGCAGGUUUGAACCACGUCAACAAUGGCUGGAGAAUCCUAGUUGGUUUAUCCCUAAUACCUACUGUUUUGCAAUUCUCUUUUUUUUGUUUUUUACCAGAUACGCCGAGAUACUAUGUUAUGAAAGGUGAUCUAAAGAGAGCCAAAAUGGUUCUUAAACGAAGUUAUGUCAACACUGAAGACGAAAUAAUCAAUCAAAAAGUUGAUGAACUGGCUAGUCUAAACCAUUCGAUACCAGGAAAAAAUCCAAUAAUAAAAUUCUGGAAUAUGGUUAAGGAAUUGCACACUGUACCUUCAAAUUUUAGAGCCUUGAUUAUUGGUUGCGGUUUACAAGCUAUUCAACAGUUUACAGGUUGGAAUUCCUUGAUGUAUUUCUCAGGUACGAUAUUUGAAACUGUAGGAUUCAAAAAUUCGUCCGCUGUCUCCAUUAUUGUUUCGGGCACCAACUUCGUCUUCACUUUAAUAGCAUUUUUCUGUAUUGAUAAAAUCGGUCGUAGGUAUAUUCUACUUAUUGGGUUACCUGGUAUGACAAUAGCUUUGGUAGUGUGUGCGAUAGCCUUUCAUUUCUUAGGUAUCAAGUUCGAUGGUGCUAGUGCAGUUGUCUCAUCUACUGGGUUUUCUUCUUGGGGGAUUGUCAUUAUCAUUUUUAUCAUUGUGUAUGCCGCAUUUUAUGCACUGGGUAUUGGUACUGUUCCAUGGCAACAAUCAGAAUUGUUUCCACAGAACGUUAGAGGCGUAGGGACUUCCUAUGCCACUGCCACUAAUUGGGCAGGUUCUUUGGUUAUUGCAUCUACGUUUUUGACCAUGCUACAGAAUAUCACCCCAACGGGUACAUUUUCAUUCUUUGCCGCUGUGGCAUGCCUAUCAACUAUUUUUUGUUACUUUUGUUAUCCUGAGCUAUCAGGAUUGGAACUAGAAGAAGUUCAAACAAUCUUAAAGGACGGCUUCAACAUCAAAGCUUCCAAAGCUCUGGCCAAAAAGAGGAAGCAACAAGUGGCUGAAGGUGCUGCCCAUCACAAACUAAAAUUUGAACCGACCCAGGAAAUCGUGGAAAGUUGA